AUGUUAGCUGCUUAUCCUUCGGGAACUAUCAACAAAUUCCAAACCCCUUUUAGCUUCAAAGCAGCUUUGCGCGGAUUCAAGACCGGGCCUUCUGGUCCUCUGAUUAGCUGUUCUGUUUCUCGAAAUCCCGGGAGCAAUGUAGAGAGCUAUCAUUCAUCUUUCUCUUCAAAAGACCAAAAUCAUCAUCAAAGGAAAUGUAUGUUUUGCCGCUCACGCAAAAACACGAUUUCACCGGAUGAUGAUGAGUACCGUUCAUCAAGCAACAUAGCUCUAAGUCUCUUAAGACGUUACAGGACUGUGAUCGAACGUGGUCAAGGCGAAACCUUAAAAGAAUUCAUUUCCGCUGGUGUGAAUGCAUACGCUCUCGGUUGCACAGACGAAGAUUUGAGAAAAGAACUUAUGGCUAUGAAAGAAUCAGGUUUAGAGAUCGAGCGGAUGGAGAGUUAUUACCACGGAAGCACACAGACCAAAUCCAAGAUUCUGCUGUCCGAGGUAGAUGAGUGCAUGUUGUGGCUUAGCAUUGUAUUCAUCACGAUAUUGUGUACUCCGCAACCAACGGUCGUGAGAUGGUCAUCGGCUCCUUCGGUUUCCGAUGAGAUUCUAAGUAAAUGGAGAGGCUUUUGCGCGGUUAUAGCCAAUGCUUACUAUAUUAGGGGAAUGGCAUGGCUUCCGGUGAAGACUCUUCAGUUGGAGCAAAUGGCGGUGACGGGACAAGCGGAGGAACCGUCGGUUGUAGCCAGCCGAAUGCGACUGGUCUUUAGCACUCUCGAGGUAGUGAGUCCACAAUGGCCACGGGUUUAA